CAGGUGAAAUUAUGCGUGGAGAUUUUUUGAUCGGCCGAUUAUACCCGAUAGUUGCGAUACAUAAUCAAUCCCAUAUCUGCACUGAUAUAGAAAUUUCAUCCAAUUUGGGUGUAAGAAAGAAAGUGUUGUUGAAUCAAAUAUGCUGCCUUGCGGGCAUGUUCCAGUUCUAUUCCAAAUCAUAUUUAUGUUCGAGUUCAGACAUAAAAUUUAAGUAUAUUUUUACUUUCUAAACAGCAAAUACUCAAACUUGCACGCAUAUGGAUAGGACAUUGAUUAUGCCCUACUAUACACGAACAAUAACGAUGCUUCUGCGCCAAAUCAAAAGUGUCCACUUAAGCUCAAUGUCAAUUGGCCAGCACUUUCCGUGUCCCAGAAGCAAAUAAAAAAACUGGGUCUAAAAGCUAUUGUUUUCCGCACAUGUCGAUGCGCAGAAAGCCGUACACAUAUACCAAUGCUUUAAUAUCUAUAUUUGAAAAUCUGGACAGAAAAUGGCGGAGGAAAGUGGCAAGAAAGCAAACUGCGGCUUAGUUGCAAAACGUUGCUCGAAUUGCUCACAGAUAUGGCACUGCAACUGCAAAUCGAAAAGCUCAAAGGUCUGGACAACUAUAAGGCCUGGUCGAUGACGGUUAGGGCUUAUUUGGAGUCUGAGGAUCUAUGGUCGGUGGUGGAGAAUGGUCCAGAGAAUAACGAGGAGUCUUUGCUGAAAGACAAGCGUGCCAAGUUUUUGAUUCUCUGCCUAAUCGAGACGAAGUUGUGCCAGUUUAUGGUCAGCAUCCGCACGGCUCGGGAUUUGUGGAAUUAUUUACGCACCCAGCACUCACUCCGCUAAAGUCAAUCGAUCAGUUAAUAUCUAUUGUUAUAUUAAAACUAUUGAAAUUACAAUUUCCAUUCA